GCGACGCCCGCUGGUUUAUAGGCCAAUCAUAACGGGACGCUGCCGCAUCACCUGUGGGAUCACGCGCGACUUCCAGAGUUUUAGAAAUUUGUCUGGACUUUUUUUGUAAACAAACAAAACUUGGGUGAAGGAGUCUACUGGGUUCUGGGGGCGAUAAACAAAAAGUUCAACCCCUAAGCUCAAGCCAAUAGAGGUUUAUCCUAAAGUAAAACGCAGUACUAAUUCUGAAAUGGUGGUAUGGAUGGAGAAAAUCGGAUAAUACUCAACGUCGGCGGAAUUCGCUACGAAACCUACAAGGCCACGUUGAAGAAAAUUCCAGCCACGAGACUAUCCAGACUCACGGAAGCUUUGGCCAAUUACGAUCCGGUGCUGAACGAGUUCUUUUUCGACCGGCAUCCAGGAGUUUUCGCGCAGAUUUUAAAUUACUACAGGACUGGUAAAUUGCAUUAUCCCACCAACGUUUGUGGUCCGCUUUUCGAAGAAGAAUUGGAGUUUUGGGGCCUGGAUUCGAAUCAAGUGGAACCAUGUUGCUGGAGUACUUAUAGUGUACAUAGGGAUACACAGGCCACAUUAGCCAUUCUCGAUAAACUGGACAUAGACGCAGAACGUCCCAACGAUGAAGAAGUGGCAAGAAUGUUCGGGUACGAAGAAGCUUACCAUGCUGGUACCCUUUCCAGAUGGCAAAAAUUUAAACCCAAAGUCUGGGCACUAUUCGAUGAACCGUAUUCGUCAUCGUCCGCCAAGGUACCUCCGCUCAAUGUGCAACACCGAAAUAUAGUGGCCGGAGCGUCGGUAUUUUUUAUUUGUGUUUCCGUCUUCUCGUUUUGCCUGAAAACCCACCCGGGAAUGCGAGUUGAGUGCGAAAAUAUUAAGGAAGCGAAUUGCACCGAGCCGCAUCCGUAUUUCAUUACUGUGGAUCACUUUUGCAACGCGUGGUUCACUUUUGAACUAUCUGUACGACUCAUUGUUUCGCCGAACGUAAUCGAGUUUAUUAAAUCUCCAGUGAACAUAAUAGAUUUCGCUGCAACGCUGAGUUUUUAUAUCGACAUGAUUUUGAUAUUCGAAAAGAAAUCCCAGUUAUUGGAUUUUUUCAGUAUUAUUAGGAUAUUCAGGCUGUUCAAACUCACCAGGCAUUCGCCAGGAUUGAAAAUACUCAUUCACACAUUCAAGGCGUCCGCAAAGGAAUUGGCCCUCCUAGUAUUUUUCCUUGUUUUGGGAAUCGUUGUCUUUGCCAGUCUUGUGUAUUAUGCUGAGAAGCUACAGGACAACAAAGAUAAUAGUUUCAAAAGUAUACCAGAAGGUCUUUGGUGGGCCAUAGUGACAAUGACCACCGUAGGUUACGGUGACAUGGCUCCGAAAACGUAUGCGGGAAUGUUUGUCGGAGCUUUGUGUGCCCUAGCAGGAGUGCUCACUAUUGCUCUACCAGUUCCAGUGAUUGUUUCCAAUUUUUCGAUGUUCUAUUCUCAUACCCAGGCCAGAGCGAAAUUGCCAAAAAGAAGACGAAGAGUGCUGCCAGUGGAACAACCAAGAAGAAAGAAGCCUGAACCUAUUGGUAAUAGGAGAGUGAAUGCUAUCAAACAUCAUCAUCCUGCUAUAAUAAAAGAUGCGUUUGGAACAUCAAAGAUAGGUAAUGCCAAUGGUAUUCCUGUAAUAAAUCUUGCACUUGAAGGACCCUCUAUUCCAAGUAUAGCUGUUCUACCCCAUAACGGACCAUUCAAUUUGCAAACUCCACAAGGAUUACCUGCUCUUCCCUCAACCACUCCGCCCAGUUUAGCUGUGACACCAUUGCAAGCCAGAUCUUCCACAAGUGGUAGCGUAGAAACAUUACCAUUGCAGCCAAAAUAUUUACCAGGUUUCUAUAGAGAAACAGCUUCAGAACCCAGAGAAGUGAACUCAGUUUCGCCCAACCAAGAGCGUCGGAGCAGUUCUGCAAGGAAACCGUCAUUUUCCAUCUCCAGCCGCAUAUAUCCCGCAGAUGGGGCCAAAGAAAACGAAUUCAAUUUAGCAAGCGUGUCAGCUUUGGCAAUUGGAACCUCCACAGAAGUCUUAGUCAGUAUUGUUGAAAACCAAACUGGAUUACGAAAAAAUUCAUUUCUUUCUGUCAAUUCAAUAAGCAGUGACGCUAGAUCACCUUCACCACUAAAAGAAGACGAAGAGCUCAACUUUUUCAAAUCCCCAAGCACGGAAAUGACCACAACUUUUCAGUCUCCAGACGAAAUCGAGCACAUGAUCACCGAGGAAUCGUUCAUUAUAAAUGAGCGUAGCGUGCCGGAAAAUAACAAUUCAGAUUGUGGAAUGACCAAAAAAUGUAAAACCCUAAGUCAAAACAGUAUUGUCGUUUGAAUGUAAUUUAUUUUAAUAAAUGAUGUUUUGUAAAUAAAAGCGAUUCUGAUGAUUUA